CAAAGAAGAAUAAACCAGUAUUUUCAGUAUCUUUUAGUUUAGUUGUUACGAUUACGCGAUGGACGAACCGACCGUCCAUCAAUUGGUAUCAGAGCCUGGUUCGACGGAACCGAGCUCUAAAAAGUUCCCAGGGCAGACAUCGUCGACGUUCAACCACCAACGUCGGGAAGAGGUCCUGCGCGCAACCACGAUCCGCAGCGACAAGGUGGAUGGAUCGCCUAUCGAGGUGCCACCAGCGAAGAAGCUAACAGUAGCUUUACCAUUCGAGAUCCACGAACCGCCUGACGCCGAGAUCUCGGUCACGGGUCUUACGGGAGUUUACAAUGCCGCCAUCAUUCGUCUUGACGCCACCAUCCAUAAAGAACCUAUGGCUGCCCUAGCCGAUAGAUCAUCGACCCACAAUUUCAUCAAAAUUGACAUCGUUAAGUGUUUAGGCUUGCAAGCUAAACCAAUCUCUCCGUUCAAGGCCAAGGUACGGACUGGGAAAAUCUUGGUAUGUGACCGAUUUUACAAGGCCGACCCGAUUGACAUACAAGGGGUACAGUUCGAUGUGGACUUGUAUGAAUUGUUAGAUUGCGGAACUGAAGUUGUCCUUGGCGUGCAGUGGUUUCGGCAACUAAGAUAUGCAUGGAUAUAUUGGGACAAGUCGAUCGUGAGUUUCAUGAAUGAAGAGGUCGAGGUCAAGUUGGAGGGCUCUCCCAUGAAGAGGGUUAUGGACUUUGGAAGGGCCCACCGAGAACAGGACGGGUGGAAUCACCAAGGAAACUCGGUGAAGACCACGCCACCGGCGACCAUGGCCGCCAAGGAAGACUUAAAUCGUGAAGCCGUUGCUGACGAGAAGCUAGCUCCAGCGCCUCCACCAGCGACAAUUGCGGAAGAGGAUGCCGCCUUCUCAUGCCGCAAGCCAGAGGUACCGGCCUCCCUAUCAUUCGCUAGUCAUGGCUUGGUUGAUGCCGCGCCACACAUCAAAGACGUUACCGUCAUCCGUCUUGAAGGGGGGAGGCGUUUCCCUCGAAGGAAGAAUGAGGAAACUGAAGUUGGAGGAGUUAAAGGAUUCGUUCACGUCCCUGAGCCCAAUUGGAAACGUCGUAAAAGAACAAUCACUAUCUUCGUUGUCGACAACAAGUGUGAAAGCUUCUUCUUCAUCGAUCCGGGUUGAGAUGUCGCUUGAACUUCGGGGACGAAGUUCUUCGAAGGGGGGAGGUUUGAUGCGUACACGUUUUUUGUGGGCAUGUAGGCCAUUAUCUGUUUUUCUAUUAUUAUUGUUAUUUUGUUUAUUCGGAUACUUUAUGAUUAUUAUUUCUUGUUAAGGAAGUUAUUGUUUAGGAGUUGGUCUAGGAUUAGUUUACCUUAUUCGGGAGGGAAAGGGUUUGUAGGAUUAUUCCUACAAAUAUGUACUUUGUCUCUACGUUUUAAUCAGUCAAAGAAGAAUAAACCAGUAUUUUCAGU